GGGGGACAGUCAAGAGAAUCUCCUAAAUAUCAAUAAUUAAUAUAAAAUGAAAGGCAGAAUCAGAGAUAUUGUUGGAAACUAGCUUACCCACCGACCAUUUCUGUUUCACCUCGGCCUCUUCCUGCCUGUGUAUUAGGGUCCGAUAAAUCUAAUUUCUCUCGAGAUGGGUCGCCUUCGAUUUUUAUUUCUUCUUCAGAGAAUACCAAAAAGGCACCAUCUUUACUCUUCUCCUCUAUGUCAUCAAUCCUUUCUUAUCCGAUCACUCACUUGUUCACAGGAGAGCUUCAAGAAGCAAAUUUUGACAGAAAAACCGUAUAGGUUUCCGUUAAAGCCUUGUUUUUGCUAUCACAGGUCAAUUCAUUCUAAUGUGGAGCAAACUCAAGUCUUAAUCGACGUUGACAACCAAAACCCAGAAAUAUCAACCUGUAAAAUCACUGAAGAUAGUGAAAAAAUUUGCGGAAUAUUGUCAAAAAACCCCAAUUCUAGCAUUGAUACUUUGCUUGAUAAUGUUUCGAUUGAGGUAUCACCAGCUUUGGUUCUUGAGGUAUUGAAGAAAUUAAGCAAUGCAGGUUUUCUUGCAUUGUCGUUCUUUAAAUGGGCAGAAAAACAAAAAGGGUGUAUGUACAGCACAGAGAGCUACAAUGCCUUGAUUGAAUCUCUGGGCAAGAUCAGGCAGUUUAAAAUGAUAUGGAAUUUGGUUAGCGACAUGAAGCGAAAAGGUUUAUUAAGUAAGGAGACGUUCACCCUAAUUUCGAGAAGAUAUGCAAGAGCAAGAAAAGUCAAAGAAGCAGUCGAUACGUUUGAGAAAAUGGAGAUGUUUGGAUUGAAGAUUGAAUCAUCAGACUUUAAUAGAUUGUUUGACACUUUGAGUAAGUCUAGGCAGGUCCAGAGUGCACAAGACAUGUUCGAUAAAAUGAAGAAAAGAAGAUUCGAGCCUGAUAUCAAGUCUUACACAAUAUUGCUAGAAGGGUGGGGUCAAGAGAGAAACCUUUUGAAGUUAGAUGAGGUUUAUAGGGAAAUGAAAGGUGAGGGUUUUGAACCAGAUGUUGUAACUUACGGUAUUCUUAUCAAUGCAUAUUGUAAAUCUAUGAAAUAUGAUAAUGCAAUUGAGUUGUUCCACGAGAUGGAAGCAAAGAAUUGCCAGCCUAGUCCUCACAUUUUUUGUACUCUGAUUAAUGGGUUAGGUUCUGUUAAGAGGUUGAGUGAAGCACUCGAGUUUUUUUCUCGAUCAAAGGCCAAGGGUUUUGCUCCAGAGGCGCCUACUUACAAUGCUGUUGUGGGAGCUUACUGUUGGUUGAUGAGAAUGGAUGAUGCUUACAGAAUAGUUGAUGAGAUGAGGAGAUAUGGGAUUGGUCCAAAUGCGAGAACAUAUGAUAUAAUUCUUCAUCAUCUGAUAAAGGCUCAGAGGACAGAAGAGGCUUUGUCAGUUUUCGAGAAAAUGAGCAGUGAGCAGGGAUGUGAGCCAACUGUUAGUACCUAUGAGAUUAUAGUUAGGAUGUUUUGCAAUGCAGAGAGAGUGGACAAGGCAAUACAGAUUUGGGAUCAAAUGAAGGCCAAGGGAAUCCUUCCUGGAAUGCAUAUGUUCUGUACAAUAAUUAAUAGCUUGUGCCAUGAAAAUAAGCUUGACAUGGCUUGCAAAUACUUUCAGGAAAUGUUGGACGUGGGUAUCCGGCCUCCAGCAACUUUGUUUAGUAAUCUGAAACAGGCUCUUCUUGAUAAUGGCAAGAAGCAUAUUGUUGUGCUUUUGGCACAAAAAAUUGAUAAGCUAAGAAAAACUCCAUUUGUCAGUUGAAGAAGCAUGAGAGGUGCUAAGGCCUAUGAUUAAUAGCUUAUCUGCUGCCUGCUGGAUUUGGGUCCUCUAAGCUCUAAGGUGUGAUGUUGGAUUGAGACUGUGUUUGGAAGCGUGUAUGACUACAUAUUAAUGCUAUAAAAUUUCCUUCAUAUUUUUCCUUACUAAAUUGUUGAUUGUGAGAUGGUAAUAUCUAAAUUCUGAAAUAUGGUAGAUGAUUUGGUUAUUCUUA